AUGGACGCGAGAGACGGCGAUAAGGAAGAGAAUGAGUUCGUCACCGGGCCGCUGAGCGUGCUCACGGCGUCGGUGAAGGCGAACACGCAGGUUUUGAUCAAUUGUAGAAACAAUCGCAAGCUCUUGGCGCGCGUCAAGGCGUUCGAUCGACACUGUAACAUGGUGCUGGAAAACGUGAAGGAGAUUUGGACUGAGGUGCCGAAGACGGGGAAGGGGGCGGCGAAGGCGAAACCGGUGAAUAAAGAUCGAUUCAUCUCCAAGAUGUUUUUACGAGGCGAUUCGGUGAUUUUGGUGCUGCGUAACCCAAAGUAA